AUGAAGAAGGGCGAUAUCAUGGGGCAUGAGGCCAUUGGAUUCGUCGAGGAGGUUGGUCCUGAGGUGAAGAAAAUCAAGAAAGGAGACAGGGUCAUUAUACUGCCAGUCAUCUGCUGUGGAGAAUGCUUCUACUGCAAGAAGCAGGAGUACUCACUUUGCGACCGAACUAACCCCGUUCCAGAAAUGGACAAGAUGUGGGGUCAUCGUCUUUCGGGCAUCUUCGGCUACACUCAACUCACAGGAGGAUAUCCGGGAGAUCAGGCCGAAUACUGCCGCAUUCCCAAUGCUGACCUUGUCUGUGUCCAGGCACCAAAGGAAGGUGUUUCGGCAGAAAAGUUGCUUGCACUUGCAGACGUUGCAACAACGGCUUGGCACGGCUGUGAAUUGGCAGAGGUCGGUAGAGGCCACACUGUCGCCGUGUGGGGAUGCGGCCCGAUUGGACUCAGCAUUCAAAAACUCAGCUUCUUCAGAGGAGCCUCCAAGGUGUAUGCCAUUGAUCCAGACCCAAAAAGAUUGAAGAUCGCUGAGAGUUUCGGGGCCGUUCCUGUCAACGUUACCGAACACAAUGAUGUUGCAGACUAUCUCCUCGAACAGGAGCCACAUGGAUUGGAUAAGACUAUUGAGGCGAGCGGAUUCAGAAGUGCACAGAGCUUGAUUCACAAGACCAUGAGGACCUUAGAUCUCGAAGGGGAUCAGUCCGACACAGUCGCGGCUGCCAUCAAGGCGUGCCGAAAGGGCGGUAACCUCGCUUUGAUCGGAGAUUUCUUCUUCAACACCAACGAGUUUCCGAUUGGGGCGCUUAUGGAGAAGACUAUCACUCUACGUGGCGGUCAAUUGUUUGCACAAAAAUAUCACCCAUACCUCCUGAAUAUCACCGUGGAAGGCGACUACGAUCCAUCCUUCGUCUUCACUCACAAAGAGAAAUUCGAGAACUUGCCCUCUUUGUACAAGAUGCAGAAUGAGCAUACGAUGCCAGGUGGACUCAAGGCUGUCGCUGUCACGCCCUACGGACGCGAGCUUGAAGGUUCAAGCUAG